GGCAGGCCAAAAGACCUCGCCAACAGCCCUCAUAGAUGGCCGGUAGGCCAACAAAGACUGCAGGGGAGAGAGGCCAAGACAUGGUCCAAGAAGGAGACAAAAAAGAUGCAGGGUUUGGAAAGCUCAAACCUGUGGCGUUCCAUUGAGGACUUUGAGCGCUCGGCAAGCAAUUAGACUCGUCAUCAGAUGUACCUACAAAAAUAUCCAAGUCUUGAAGGGCCGUCAAAAAUGGGGUGUCUACAGAUCCACAAGUUGUAAUUGGUUCUCCUGACACAAUCAUAAAAUUCCGGGAUCUUAGAUUUGGUAAAACGAUGACAACCCUUACACACCAUAAGAAAUUUGUGCGAGUAAUGGCUUUACAUCCUAAAGAGAAUUGUUUUGCAUCUGCGUCAGCUGACAACAUAAAAAAAUUCAACCUUCCAAAAGGAGAAUUUAUGCACAACAUACUCUCUCGGCAGAAAACCAUCAUCAAUGCAAUGGCAGUCAAUGAAGACGGUGUAAUGGCUACAAGAGGAGGAAAUCCAGUUGCUUCAAAAAGAGUUAGGUCAAAUACCUCUUCUAAGGAUGUACACUCAUUUGAUUUCAAGGAAAUAGAUAAUCUACCAACCCAGAAGUUCGAAAAGAAAUUAUCUCCCCUGGUACCACCUAGUCAGGAAAACUGUAAUGUUCUUGUUCCUCUACGGUAGUGUGAUUUCUUUACAUAAAUCCAUGUCAUCUUACACACUUUCAAUUGUCUACUUUUGUUAUAUACAUGCAACCAUUGUUUUUUCCUGUCUAAUUAUGGGAGCUUCAAUUUCCACCCACAACUUUCUCUCAGUUCACACACCCAUUUUCAUUUAGAAUUUGGUGUCCGAACAAAAUUACAUGGUUUGAACAUCUACUUUCGAAUCAUAACGUUUCAUUCAGAAGUUGAUUUCGAAUU